UGCAGCACGCGCUGCUUUUCGGAUCGUACAUACAAUGCACUUCCGGUAUUUUCAACUUUUUUUCCGGUCUUGACUACAGCAACAAAAUAUUGAACUAGUAGUUGUAUGCAACAAAAAUCUACAUACCAUAUCGGCAGCUGGAUGAUCCUGUGACGAUGAUGAUGUUUGUGUCUGUCGUGGUGUUCAAAGGAAAGUUUGCUUACAGAUUUUUCUGUUGCUGUGAUACAGGACUUUAUCUGAACAGCAGAGAUGGUUACAUGUAAAGACUUCCAGAUGUGCUGUAAAUUGAAGUCCAGAAACAGGAAUACCAUGUAGAACAAAAUGGCGUUGUCAUCCAAAAGAAGUGCUGGAAAGGUUAACCCGCUUCCUGAUUCAUUGUGCUGCUUUAUGUUCAGAGAUGGCUUCUAAGCUUUUUAAGUUUUACAGUAAAACUUUGUGAAGAAAGCAUGCAGACUGAGGAGCCAAUAGUUUUGGAAGAUGAUGAAACUCAUGGCUUGGAUGACAAGUCGUUGGACUGCUAUGUAUCUGGUGACAGUUAUGUGAAACCCCAAACUGAGAAUCAGGCUGCAGUUUUAGAAACAUGCAAUUCAUUAGAACCAGGGGCAGAAUUACAGAAACAGUGUGAUGUUCACUGUCCGGGCGCUGUUUCUCCCAAAGUAGAGAUUUCAGAAGCAUCUACAGUAAAGGUUAGAGCAAACCUGCAACGACCACAGACUGCAAGAAAAUCUUUCACCAAAGUAGAUGGCAGUAGAUCCCAGCAUAGUUCUUCAGAGGAUGGUAGUCUGGAAUUGCAAGUAACAGACAAAUCUCAGAAUUCUGAUGGAGAAGAAAAAAUAUCAGCAAAGAUACUUAAUUUUAACUGCCUGAAAUGUAAAGAUAAUGUAAAGUAUAGCCCAAAUGACUUGCACAAACAUUACCAAAUGCUGCAUCAUGGAGAGAUGCCUACAUAUCCAUGUGAAAUGUGCAGUUUUUCAGCUAAUGAUUUCCAUUUAUUUAAACAGCACAGACAGAUACAUAAGAACACACUAGUGAAGUGUGAAAUUUGCAAUGAUGACAGUAUAUAUAGCUUAUUAGACUUAACGAAACAUUUCUCAUCGGAGCAUUGUGCUAAUGGUUCUUUUCUAUGUGAAAAAUGCAACUUUUCUACGAAAGAUGUAGGAACAUUUGUACAGCACCUUCAUAAGCAUAAUGCAAGUUACAGUUCUGUUGACUGUCUACAGUUGCAAGUAACAGACAGAUCACAGAAUUCUGAUGGAGAAGAAAAACUUGCAGCAAAGAUACUUAAUUUUAACUGCCCAAAAUGCAAAGAUGCUGUUAAGUAUAGUCCAAAUGACUUGCACAAACAUUACCAACAGUUGCAUCAUGGAGAGAUGCCUACAUAUCCCUGUGAAAUGUGCAGUUUUUCAGCUAAUGAUUUCCAUUUAUUUAAACAGCACAGACAGAAACAUAAGAAAACACCAGUAAGCUGUGAAGUCUGCAAUGAUGACCGGAUAUAUAGCUUAUUAGACUUAACCAAGCAUCUCUCCUCUGCGCAUUGUGUUAAUGGUUCCUUUUUUUGUGAAAAAUGUAAGUUUUCUACAAAAGAUGUGGGAACAUUUGUGCAGCACUUUCACAAGCAUAAUAUCACAAAUUACAGUUGUGAUAAAUGUCAUCAUGUGAGUCUUACAAAAGAAGCAUUUCAGAAACAUCUUUUGGUUCAUAGUAGUGUUUUUCCUUUUAAUUGUCGUUACUGUGAUUAUGGAGCAACAUGUAAAGAACAUGUUUUACAGCACAUAGAUUCUGCACAUAAAAAGCAAGUUAUUGUUCCAGAAGUAAAAGAAGAAAAUAAAAAAACAGCAGGACUGAAGCUGGUAUUAAAAAGAUGCCAAACAGAAACAUCAAAAAAAACAUUGUGGAAACAGAAAAAUGAAAAACGGGCAACAACUGAAAGUACAGAAGAUGGGAUGGAGAGUUCUGCCAGUACGCAUCUUAGUAGUAGCCAGAAAUCAUUAUCUAAUGGAGAACCUUAUUUAGAUAGUACAAGUAAACAAGGCAUACGUAUUUUUACUACAAGUCUGAAUAAACAGAAUGUGCAAGGGGCACUUCUCCCAUCUAAGGCACUCCAACACAGAAAGGCAGAAAAUGGAUCCAGUGCUAAUUUAGGAGUCCUAAAAGAUGCUGUUCAUGGACCAACUGUUCUUAUGGUGCAGAACAGUAGGAUAUCUGUUCCAGCAAACUACAGUGCAAAGUUUGUAGGAUUUAAGGUAGUUAACGGAAAACAGCAUUUAGUAAUAAAGCUAUUGCCUACUAACAAGAAUAGCGUUUACUCACUUGGAUUGCAGACUCACUCUGGAACCACAUCUGAGUCUAGUAAUUUGUUUCAGAAUACUGCUAGCAGCGAUCUUGCAACAUCUAGUAAACCUGAAAAGACAUUAUGUGACAUUGCAGAUAUGACUCCAAAGUAUGAAAACAAUCAAUCACUUUUUCCAUUAUAUUCCCUACCUUUGAAGCAAUGCACAGAAAUGACAGGCACACAGAAUGGCAUCGCUUUAGAGCCCAAAAAGGAGCUCCCACCAUUGUCUUUAUCACCUGAGACUGUGUUUUUGAGCAAAAGUCCUACUCAUACUUUUGCCUCAGUUUCUGGGGCAGAGGACAGUUUACAGUCUGGUUCAUGCAUGCUUUUAAAUGGGAAGUCUUUAGAGUCAGCUGAAAAGGCAUUGCAGCUCAAAGAAAAACAUCCUUUAGAAAAAGGACCACGGGUUUGCGAAAGUAAGAUAGAGGACACUACAGGCAUGUCAGCUGAUUCUUUGAACCAGGUGAUAUUACCUUUCCAUAACUACUCAAAAAAACUUUCAUUUAAAUCUUCAUAUGCUUCUGUGAAGCCUAGAUCAUCUUUGUCUGACAAAGUAACAGAUAGUAAUCAGACACAUUUCUUGCAAAAUGGUGGAAACAUUUCAGUAAAUAAAAGUCCAGAGGAUUGUCUUUCAUCUGCACUAAAAAGUGACUGUUUAUCAGAACAGCCAGCCAUUGUAGAUGUUAAUGGUGCUUUGGGAAGCCAUCCCAUACAUGAUGAGGUAGCUGUAAGUAGUAGAAAUGACCCAUUCUUCAGCCGUAAAGAUCUGACUCAGAAAUCUCAAAUUGUGAAUCAGACUGAUGAUCUGCAGAUAGAAGAUGAUUCGCAACUAGUCAUCAGUAAUGAAGAUUCACCUCUCAUGCCAAAAAUCAUGUCAGUAUUUUCUCUGCAAAGUGAAAAUGUGCCUAGUUUUUUGUCUUCUGAAACAAAUAAUUUCUUGAAUGAUGUGCAAAACAUAAACGUCAACAAAAGUUCUUCCUUACAAAAUCAAGAUGAAAGAGACUAUAAUGAGCCUUGUAAAAACCUUAAUAGGCAAGCCUCUUUUGCACAUUCCGAAUACAUUGCCUCCAAAGAUUCCAAACUAGGCAAUUCUGACUGGUCAGAGAUGCCCCCUCCUAUAUCUAAAGAAGAUCCCAUUUCUAAGAGUACUUCUGUUGAAGAGCAAAGUAGCUCCUUGACGUUGCCAGCCUUCUCACAUUUAGAACAGACUUGUUCAUCAUUUCCAAAGAAUCCUAUGACCAGCAUUGGUUCCAUAUUGAAAUCCUAUGCUGAUGCAAUUAUUACUAAUCAGUUAGUUAAAGAUGGAAUUUGCGUAUCUUCUCAGGGUUCUAGUAGUACAGGUUUGGGACCUGGAAAAAUUAGUGGAACUGUAAGUUUAAAUUCAAAAAGUAUGCCAGAUUCUGUUCAGCCUGCUCAGAACAUUGUACCCUUGCAUAUUGUAAAUCAGCCUGCUUUGCAAGUCAGUUCAAAUAGUUUCCCUUUUACCACAACACCAUUAGCCUUGCAAACAGAAAAAUUAGCCCCUGUUCCCAGUACUCAGAACAGUAAUACCGGGAUGGUUCUUGCUUUCAGUAGUGGACCUUUAGGAACAGUUGCUAAGGUUGCAGGCAGCAAUGAUGAACAGGUUUUAAAUGGUGCUAAUCCGAAUAGUUGUACUAAUAUGUUAAACACAGACUUAAAGGGCAAAAACUCUCUGGGUGUUCCCAGAACAGUAAUCCUUCAGAAAGCCCCUGCAGCAGUUGGAACUUUAGUGAAUCCAGUAAUUGGCCAAGUUUCGGGUUUGGACAAAAAUGUAUGCCUGAAGAGUGAGAACAGUAGCAUUCGUCCAAGAACAAUUAUUAGUAAAGCUGCCCUAUCAGUCGGAAAUUCACUAAGUGCUGUACCAGGACCUGUCUUUCUUCUUAAUUCUUCCUCCUCAUCAUUUAGUGGCACGUCUGUAAAUGUAGCAACACCAUUAGUAGGACAACAGAUCCUGGUGGGUCAGAAUGUGUCUGCAAGUAGUGGUACUGUAUUACAUCAAGGAACAGUUCCUAGUGGACUGAAUGCUGAAAGAAGUAACUCUGGCACUCACCAGAAACAGCCUCUGUAUGCACUUCUGCCAGAUGGACGACAAGCUGUUUUUGUCCGGUGUGUAGCUCCCCCUAGACCUAUACUCUCUAAAGGUUACACUUAUCUUCAGCCAAAGAACAGUAGUGUGGGGCACCAGAAAGUUUUGUUGAAGAUUGUAAGACCAUCAUCCACCACUGGACUAGGUGUUGUCAGUCAACCAGCAAACAAUGCGACAGCAAUAAAAAUGGAAAAGAUUGUUAGACCAGCGUUGCAGAUAAAACCAUCAGUUCUUUGCCCUGCAGGUGUUGUACAGUCAUCACCUUCCUUUGUGUUAUCAGCAAAUACUGUUUUUUUUAACCCUGUAGCAGAAAGUGAUGUUUCACUUUCUGCAAAUAAACCUCUCUCUCCAACAAGUACAGUUGCACAGCUGUUGAGCUGUUCAUCAGUUGGUACUGCUAUAAAAGAAAGCACAGACAAGGUAGAUGGGGACUGUGCCUUAAGUACCAGGAGCAAAGCUUCUCAAAAUGAAACUGACCUGCAGCAGAAGCUGUCAGGUAUAUGUAGUGUUAAAACUGUAGGGAAAAAAAGCAAGGUACCAAAACGAAAAAAGGAGUUGCUUUUCGAAGAACCACCUGUUAAGAAAAGAACUCUGCCUAGGAAGUGUAAAGAGAAGAAAAAAUAUGUGGACAUUGAAAGUGAGUCUGAACAUUCAGAUGAAGAAAUUCAGUCUGAACAUUCAGACACAGAAAUUCAGUCUGAACACACGAACAUCGAAAUUCAGUCUGAUGUUAUCUAUACUAAAGUACCAAAAGAUAUUGUAAAAGUAUUAAGGCUUCUACCUUUUAACUCAGAACAGCUUGUUAAGUGUCCACGGAGAAAUCAACCAGUUGUAGUGCUGAAUCAUCCUGAUGCAGAUGUACCAGAAGUAGCAAAUGUUAUGAAAACUAUUAAGAAGUUCAAGGGGCAUGUUGUCAAAGUAUCGUUGUCACAAAGAACCAUUAACGCUCUGCAUUGUGAUUUGUCAGGUGUGUCUGAAGAAUCGGCAAUAACUAGAUGCCGAAGGCCAAAACCAGUUAGUCCAGUAAAGGAACGUUUUGUGUUGAAGUUGACUUUAAAAAAAACUAGCAAAAAUAAUUAUCAGAUUGUGAAAGCUGGCACUAAGAAUAGAAUGGAAAGUUCAUUUACUUGCUGGUUUUGUGGUAGAAUAUUUGAUAAUCAGGAUGACUGGGCAGGCCAUGGGCAGAGACAUUUGAUAGAAGCAACAAGGGACUGGAAUAUCUUAUGUUAACUGUAAGACUGUUGUGGCUCUAGCUGGAGGGAUUCUUAUGGAUGCAUGUGAUAAUCUGUGUAAUCACUGGACCAGAGUACUCCAAAGUACAGGUGAAUGAAUAUUUUAUGGUGCUACAGGUAUAGGUAUAACUUACCUCAUUCCUUGAAAAGCUUUCCAGCCCAACCUUUGUAAUAUAGAGCAUUAAUUUUAAAAUUGAGCCAGGCUGGUGGUUACAGUGGAAAGUAAAUUGUUACUAAAGUAACUUUGCUUGAAAUACUUUUACUAAAGUGCUUUGCUUAGUCAAGGACGCUCCUGUGGUCUGUUAUUUACAAACUGAAACACUACAAUUACAUCAGGUAUACAAUCAGUAAAAUUUCAAACAUUUUCGAGAUUUUUAUACUUUUUCUACAUAUUUUUACAUUGAGGAUAGAGCUUUGUACAGACCAGAAAUUCUGACAGAAGUAUAGAUUUAAGAUUUUUUUAUUUUCAAGUUAUUAGCAUUUCACUUGGAAUAUAAUUGAGUGAAUUACUUUUUGGUGACUACUUAAUUGUGUUUUGUUUACACACACACACACCACACACACAGACACACAUAGAAUUGUGUAAUAAACACUUAUUUCAUUUAUGUAAUUGUAAUUAAAGUACAGCAUUUGUUAAAACUUUCUCAAAUUUAGCCACUUCAUGAGAAAGGUACUUGAAAAUAAGCAAGGCUGGAAAAUUCAGCCAUUAUAUGAGUUUUUCACAGAGAGGAGCCAGUUUUCAAUAAAUGAAGAGAGCUUCUGUUUGUGAGCCUCUAAAUUAUGUAGAAUUUCUGUUAUCAAUUGUAUGGUGCACCCUCUCUGGGAGGAAAUUCUGUACAUGUUGCUUGAAAUGAGACCUUUCACUUAUUUUGUUACAGUAUCUGUAAUUGCAUAAUGGUAUCUGUAUAUUUUGAAUAUUUAAAUCUUUUUUUCUAGAUUGUGUUUAGACUUUCAAGUGCCUGAAGGCUAGAAGGCAGUUUAUGCUUUGUAUCGCUAUAGGUCUUACUGGGACUUUUGCACCAGUAUCAGCUAUUGAAAGCCAUACAUUUGAUGCUUUAACCUGAACAAAUAUGUAAGGUUUGCAUUGCCCCCCCCCCCCAAAAAAAAGUUGGCUUUGGUCAUCCUUGAGUGAAAUUUUUCUUUAAGUGAAUAAAACAUAAAGAUAAUUUCUUAAUCUGGA